AUGGCCAUGAAAAAUCAUUAUAUCCCUGAUUCAUUUCAAAGAGCAUCUAAUAUUAGAGUCCCAUUAGCACCCACUGUUAAAUGCGAAAUAAAUCUAGGAAUUUUUCAAAUGCUCUUUAAUUUUCAUGGAUUGUCUUUAGAGGAACCUCAUCAGCACUUAGAAAAAUUUCAUAUGGUCUGUGAUUUAGUUAAUCUGCCUCAAGUUACAUCGGAAAUUAUUAAGAUGAAAUUAUUCCCUCAUACACUUAGGGACAAAGCUAGUCAUUGGCUAUCCACAUUAGAUAGAGAAUUAACUAGCUGGAAAGAUAUACAACAGGCCUUUCUUCGAAAAUUUUAUCCCUUAGGAAAAACUCAAAAUAUGAGAAAACAUAUAUGGAGUUUUUCUCAAAGACCAGGAGAAACUUUGCAUGAGACAUGGGAAAAAUUUAAGGAUUUACUUAGAAAGUGUCCUCAUCAUGCUAUACCCAAGUGGCAGCUCAAUAGAGUUUUUUAUGAUGGAUUAUUAGAACAACAUAGAAAUAUGGUUGAUUCUAUAUAUGGAGGAGCUUUUAUGGAGAAAACUCCUGAUGAGAUUUACAAUCUUUAUGAGAAUUUAAGUAAAAAUUCUAGAGAUCAAGCCUCUUUUGAAUUAUAUGACAGGGAUAAGAAGAGAGGAAUUUAUGAAUUGCAUCAUGAUGAUGAUUCUAAACUUAGAAAUGAGGUUAAUCAGAUUAAUCAAAGAUUAGAAAAAAAUGAUUUACUUAUUGAUAAUAUUAGAAAGUCUUUUAACCCUCAACUUAAUUCAAAUAGUACAUGUCCUAUGUAUGGUGAAAAUGAUUGUUCUGAAUUUCAAUGUUAUAAUUUAGAUCAAUCAUUUCACCCUAUGCAAGAACAAGUGCAAGUAGCUCACGGUUUUUAUAGAAAUAGGGAACAUUUUUCAAAUUCUUAUAAUCCUAAUUGGAGGAAUAAUUUUUCAUGGAGAGACCCAAAUAAUAUUCAAAAUCCAGAAGCACUUAGACCCAAUUCAAACUCUGAAUUUCGUCCAAAACAAGAAAAUAGAUUUCAGAAAAAUUAG